AUGCUGAGACGUAAGCGACUGGGUGUGAGAAGGACGCGAGAAGCAAAGCGAAGACGGAAGCAGCAGCUGGAUGCUGUAGGGAAAGCUGAAUGUGGUGCGGCGCUGCAGGACGUCUCCACAAUCAACCACGAGUUCCAGUUAUAUUUAAAAGAGACCCACACCAAGGCAACAGCCAGGCUGCAGAGCAACUCCAGCUCACCGAUCGUCCAAAACGAGCGGCAGAUUCGCGCCUUCCCUACAUUUCGGCAGGUCUGCAUCUGA